AUGUACCACAGCCGGAUCAAACAUGUCACUCCAGUCGACGCCAUCGCUUUACCGGGAAGUAUGAACUUUCUAAUCACCGAUAUUCCUUGUCCCGGUGAAACUCUACAACAAAUUGCACAACUUCCCAAUAUCGUCACUGUCUAUACAACCGAAUCCAAGAGCGACAUCUAUAUCCACUUGGUUGCUUCCUUCGGCCCACCCUUCGACGUCCACGACCUCUCUCUCGGCGAUACCCUACCUUGGUGGCAUAUUCACCUCCGUCAUUGGCCCUCCUAUAGAACCUUCGUCUCUCCCCCACCACCUUCACCUGAACAGAGUUCAAGGUGGCUGGCUCUCUCCGGCAGAUGUGCUGGAAUAUUAUCGGCACUCGACAUCCGUCAGAGCCUCAAACUUGGCCUCUAUCAACGAUUCGAAUUGGGCCGCACCACCUACCACCGUCUCGUCAAGAAUUCUAAACAUUCAAAACUCAUUUUCUAUCGAAUUUUACACUCUUUACCGUCUUCGAUACACCUGACUUACGACGGAAAGGCCUUACUGCUCAACAAAUCCGACGGUGUAUGGAUGGUAUCACUACCCUGCUAUUCGCUCGACCAGAUACUGAAUUCCAUCAAGUUGAACGUCUCAACCGUCGAAGGAAAAGAAUCGAUUGAGAUCGGUUAUAUGGUGGAAUUAGAAUCUGAUACUACAUCAUCUCAUCAACCACCUUUCCAAUCGCAUGGGCAGCUGUCCUCUUCCAUACGCUCUCGACUGGCCGCCUCACCCAGGAUAUACCUCAAUACGUCAAUUCCUCCUCCCCUUCCUACCCCUCAGCAUGACCUUCUCCCGCUCAUCAGGAGAUGGUUCAUCAUCGCUCGUGUUGUCGCAUCCAGCAACAAAGAGCAGCUCAGCGUCUCUCUCGCCCGCCAAAUCCUAACCUCCCUCAGUCGUCCACCACCUGUCAUCUCACCUGAUUUUCAUAAUGUUGGGGAAAUCAUCCUUCUUGUCGAGAAUGCCACAAAUGUUACGCUUCCCUUCCACCAUCGACUCAUGAUACAUGAUCUGACCGAUGGUCUGUACAAGGUCGACGCCGGAGACAUCAUCACCUGCACCAACAUAACUCGCCUCACGAUUCACCAUGAAGAGUUGAAAGUAUUGAUGAAGCUGGACAGUCAGAUACAAUUUCAGGGUUUAGUCGAAGUUGGGUGGUCAAUGGGAGAUGGGGACGAUGAAGUAUGGUCCGAAAGUGAUGAAAACUUAUGCUCUCAAGAUCUCCUACGGUAUCACCUUCUACAAGACGAGCUCCUCACUUCUCUUACACCUUUUAUGGAGGUUAGGAAGAUCAUGUCAACGGAGUUCAGGUUCUAUAGAGGGGUACACCUUAUGAUGGACAGACUUUUGGAUAAUCUUCCCAAUUUGAGUGCUCUACACCAAAGCACAAACUCGUUUCAGAAACAACAUUGGAUUCCGAGGUUCCUUACCCUUGUGAGGGUCUCUCAAGGUGUAAAGUCACCAUCCUGUGCUUUCACUGCCUCCCUCCAGCAUCAAUCUGCCUUCCUCCAUCUGGUUGCCCCUCAUGCUCAAGGUUCGAUAGCUCUCGAUAACAUUUCGAUCGGUAGAAGUAAUGUCAGAGUGAUGAGGGAGCUGGGAAAAGUGUCCGAUUGCUUGGUUUGGAUCACCUCUAUCGAUCGAGCGGCAAGGUCAAUGUCUUCAUGGUACGAUGUCGAAUCAAUUUGCAGGUCCAACAACAUCACUUUGGUCUCAUGCUUCUGGCCAGCCACCACCAUUAUCGAUCUUAUCAAGCUCCCAAACCCUUUGCUCACCCAAAAUACGAUUUCUAAACAGCUGUUUUUGGACUCCUCACAUAAAGCUGUAGAUGUCAAGUCUCUCCCAUCGCUUUUCCUGUGCAUCAUCGCUGGACCACUGGUCGAUCCUGCCAUAUCUCAACUAGCUGCCGAGCGAGUCAGGCAUGCUCAAACGUUCAUAGCGGGACUGUCUACUCCACACUUCACCUACGAUCCAGCCAUCCAAAUCGAUCAACAGAUAUACAGCCACAAGCGUCUUACAGAGGUGACAACUUCCGCUCUUGUUAAGGUGGCUGAGAAUGUCACUACCGCUACAUCAAGAUGGCUCGUACACGUGCUUCGACCGGGUCGCUUCCCCAAACCAGCAGACAACCGCCCGGGUCACCACGAUAUGGUUGUUGUGAAGGGUGUAGAGGGAGGAGAACUUCUAGGGACAGAAGGUGGUGUAGCGCCAAAUGCUACGUUGACAAGAUUAGGCAAAGAGCCCCGUACAUGUAGCAAGGUGGAUUCAUCCGGUAUCAGAUGUACUCGAUUGGCGAUACCGGGUACAGGAACUCUUUGUGCUUCUCAUAGAAAGAGUAGAUAA